UCAUACGGGAAAGCAACGGACGGAAGCGAGCAUGAAAGCAUUCAUAGAAGGAUUAUUUGGGCCUGGAGCGUAUAAUGCCAUAUCUCAGCCUGCUCGUCCUGAAAAUGAUUCUUUUCUGGUCCCAGUGAAAAAUUGUCCUUCCUGGUCGGCUGUCUUGAAUAAUCUCAAAGCACCUGAUUCGGCACCGAGUAAAUUUUUAACAUCCCCGCUAGUUGCGCAAAUGCUAGAUGAUGUGGGCAAGCGUCUUGGAUUCGACAAACCAUUGACUUUCAAACGAGCACAGCUGAUUUAUAACAUGUGUGCAUACGAAAAAGCUUGGUUUUUAGAUAAACCAAGUCCUUGGUGUUCGGUGCUUACACUAGAUCAAGUUAAAAUCAUAGAAUAUGAUUACGAUUUAUUUUACCAAUAUAAAAGCGGGUAUGGUAAUGAUUACAAUUACAACCUACCAUGUGAAGUUAUGAAGGACAUGUUGAGUCGUAUGGCUAAAGAUGAGGAACCACGUGUAACUGCUUAUUUCUCGCACUCUACAUUUCUUCAAAUGUUUGCAACUGCAUUGGGGAUUUUUGAGGAUAGUUCCCGAAUGACGAGUACUAAUUAUGACUCCAUGGAAAAUAGGAAAUGGCGUUCUAGUAAAAUGGAUCCGUUUGCCGCAAAUUAUGCGAUCAUCAAAUAUGAUUGCUCAAAGGACGAAAGUGAUCCCUCACCUAAAUUGAAAUUUUUCUUAAAUCAACGGGCUCUGAAGAUGGAUAACUGUGUUAAUGGACUAUGUAGAUUAGAAGACCUAACGAAAAGAUAUGAAAGGUUCGUCGAUGAAGACUGUGGAAACUUGUUUUGCACAAGAUAUGCUGCAAAGGGGAGUCACGGAAAUGGUUGCGCGAGAAGCGGGAUCAGCCGAUGGGUAGCCAUACUAUUAGUAUUUGCUUAUCUUCGUGGUGGAUUUUCGAUCUUCUAA